AUGGGAGCGGGAGCGCUGCGUUGCCGUGACCUAAAGAAUUACAUCCCCCUCGCUCCUUCUCCCGACACGGAGCACACAUACCAAAUCAGGAGGAAAGGCUGGGUGAUGCUCCAGCUGAUUCGGUGCGGCGCGGUGUCCCGCUCCCGCCCCCGGCCCCGCUCCCGGCCCCCGGCGGCGCGGCGCGGCGCGGCGGGUGACUCGGCGGUGUAUUUCAGCGGCGGCGGCGGCUUGGCAAGGCUCGGGGCUCCUCCCCCCGUGUGGUGCCCCCAGGGGCAGCGCGGCGGCCGCGCUCAGCCCCGCGGGGCCCCGGAGGAUGCGAGAGCGGCGCGGCUGCGAGCGGCCGAGGAGCCGGCGCUGAGCAGCACCACCUUCGCGCUCACCGGGGAUGCGGCGCACAACCAAGCCAUGGUGCACUGGUCCGGACACAACAGCAGCGUGAUUCUCAUUCUGACAAAGCUCUACGACUUCAACCUGGGGAGUGUUACGGAGAGCUCUCUGUGGAGGUCAACAGACUAUGGCACUACCUAUGAAAAGCUAAAUGACAAAGUAGGCCUGAAGACUGUGCUGAGCUACCUGUAUGUCAGUCCCACUAACAAGAGGAAGAUCAUGCUUCUUAGUGAUCCAGAGAUUGAGAGCAGCAUCCUCAUCAGCUCUGAUGAAGGGGCUACCUAUCAGAAGUACCGUUUGAACUUCUAUAUCCAGAGCUUGCUCUUCCACCCCAAGCAGGAGGAGUGGAUCUUGGCCUACAGUCUGGAUCAAAAGCUGUACAGCUCCAUGGACUUUGGAAGAAAAUGGCAGCUCAUGCACGAGCGGGUCACUCCAAACAGGUUUUACUGGUCAGUGACUGGUUUGGAUAAAGAGCCUGACCUUGUGCACAUGGAAGCCAGGACAGCUGAUGGACGCACGCACUACCUGACCUGCCGCAUCCAGGAGUGCUCUGAGUCCAAGAGGAGCGGGCCCUUCUCGCGCCCCAUCGACGGCAGCUCCCUCGUUGUUCAGGACCAGUACAUCUUCAUCCAGGUGACAACUGGUGGAAGAGCAACUUACUAUGUGUCAUACAGACGGGAGCCUUUUGCACAGAUUAAAUUACCCAAAUACUCUCUUCCUAAGGACAUGCAUAUUAUCAGCACAGAUGAGAAUCAGGUGUUUGCAGCUGUUCAAGAGUGGAACCAGAAUGAUACCUAUAACCUGUACAUCUCAGACACCCGAGGGAUCUACUUCACCCUGGCCUUGGAAAACGUGAAAAGCAGCCGAGGGCUGGAGGGGAAUAUUGUCAUUGACCUUUAUGAGGUAGCAGGGAUCAAAGGCAUAUUCCUGGCUAACAGGAAGGUAGAUGACCAGAUCAAGACUUUCAUUACCUACAACAAGGGCAGAGACUGGCGUUUGCUGCAGGCACCAGACACUGAUCUAAGAGGGGAUCCUGUGCUUUGCCAGCUGCCCUUUUGCUCCUUGCACUUGCGCCUGCAGCUCUCAGAGAAUCCGUACACUUCAGGGAGCAUUUCCAGCAAAGACACAGCUCCUGGGCUGCUGGUGGCAACAGGCAAUAUUGGCUCUGAACUUUCCUACACGGAUGUUGGAGUGUUCAUCUCUUCUGAUGGUGGCAAUUCCUGGAGACAGAUCUUUGAGGAGGAGUACAACGUUUGGUUUCUGGACUGGGGAGGGGCACUAGUGGCCAUGAAGCACACCUCAGUGCCCAUCCGACACAUGUGGGUGAGUUUUGAUGAGGGAAGAUCCUGGACUAAGUACAGUUUCACAUCAACACCACUUUUUGUGGAUGGAUCCCUUGUGGACCCUGGCAUAGAGACCCAGAUAAUGACAGUUUUUGGGCACUUCAGUCUCCGUUCAGAGUGGCAGCUGGUCAAGGUGGAUUACAAGUCUCUCUUCAGCCACAGGUGUACCAAGGAUGACUACCAGACCUGGCAUCUGCACAAUCAGGGGGAGCCUUGUGUCAUGGGAGAGAGGAAGAUCUAUAAAAAGCGCAAGCCUGGAGCCCAGUGUUCCCUAGGCCGGGACUAUUCCCAAACUGUGGUGUCUGAGCCGUGUGUCUGUGGCCAGGGAGACUUUGAGUGUGACUAUGGAUAUGAGAGGCACAGCAACAACCAGUGCAUCCCAGCCUUCUGGUUCAGCCCAUCCUCCCUGUCCAAGGAUUGCAACGUCGGUCAGAACUACUGGAACAGCACUGGGUACCGAAGGAUUGUGUCUAACAACUGCACAGAUGGCUUGAGAGAGAAGUACAUGGCCAGGAUGGAGAAAUGCCCUGGAAAGGCACCUCGGGGAUUGCACAUCCUCACCUCUGAUGGGAAACUGGUCCUGGAGCAAGGGCACAACGCCACCUUCAUCAUCCUCAUGGAAGAGGGUGAUCUCCAGAGGACAAACAUCCAGCUUGAUUUUGGAGAUGGCAUUGCAGUGUCCUAUGCCAAUUUCAGCCCUGUGGAGGACGGCAUCCGGCACGUGUACAGGAGUGCUGGGAUCUUCCAGGUGACAGCAUAUGCAGAGAACAGCCUGGGCUCAGACACUGCUGUCCUGUUCCUGCACGUGCUCUGUCCAGUGGAGCACGUCCAUCUGAGUGUCCCCUUUGUUGCCAUCAGAAAUAAGGAUGUCAACAUUACUGCAGUAGUUUGGCCCAGCCAGGCAGGCACACUUACCUACUUCUGGUGGUUUGGCAACAGCACCAAGCCCCUCAUCACCCUGGAGAGCAGCAUCUCGUACAUGUUCACAGUGCAGGGGAUGAACACUGUCACCGUGCAAGUGGCUGGGGGCAGCACCCUCAUCCAGGACACCAAGGAGGUCGCUGUGCAUGAGUAUUUCCAAUCUCAGCUCCUGUCAUUUUCUCCCAACUUGGACUACUAUAACCCUGACAUCCCUGAAUGGAGACAAGAUGUUGGCAAAGUCAUCAAGAGAGCAUUAGCACAGGUGACUGGUAUCCCUGAUGAACAGAUCCUGGUAGCCAUGUUCCCUGGGCUGCCUACUUCUGCUGAACUCUUCAUUCUGCCCCACAAAAACACAACAGAGAGGAGGAAAAGCAGUGAGGCUGAUCUGGAGCAAGUGGUAGAAAUCCUUUUUAAUGCUCUCAACCAGAACUUGGUCCAGUUUGAACUGAAGCCUGGUGUUGAAGUGGUUGUGUAUGUUACUCAGUUAACAUUGGCACCCCUUGUGGAUUCCAGCUCGGGUCACAGCAGCUCAGCCAUGCUGAUGUUGUUGUCAGUGGUGUUUGUGGGCUUGGCUGUUUUUUUAAUCUACAAAUUCAAGAGGAAAAUCCCUUGGAUUAACAUCUACGCCCAAGUUCAGCAUGACAAGGAGCAGGAAAUGAUUGGCUCUGUCAGCCAAAGUGAAAAUGCCCCCAAAAUCACCCUGAGCGAGUUCACAGACCCUGAGGAGCUGAUGGACAAAGAGCUGGACACACGAGUGAUGGGAAGCAUCUCAACAAUUGCCAACAGUGAAAGCACAAAGGAAAUCCCCAACUGCACUAGUGUUUAAUACUGAGAAUCCACU